UUAACGCUUACAGAGAGUAGAGAGUAGAGAGUGAGGUGAAAGAGAAAGAGUGAAUCGGAAAUGGAAACGGCACCAAGCGAAAUCAGCAGCUCGAAGAUGUUCGGCGGUUACAACAAGAGGUACAAGCACUUCAGUCCAACACUUGGAUGCUCCAUGACCUUCCACGUGUACUUCCCUCCUUCUUCUUCUUCUUCCUCCGCCAAAUUCCCUGUUCUGUACUGGUUGUCGGGGCUGACAUGCACUGACGAGAACUUCAUCGCUAAAUCGGGCGCUCAGCGUGCUGCUUCCGCUCACGGCCUCGCUCUCGUUGCUCCAGAUACUUCUCCUAGAGGCUUAAAUGUAGAAGGAGAAGCAGAUAGCUGGGACUUUGGUCUAGGUGCUGGGUUUUAUCUCAAUGCUACACAAGAGAAGUGGAAGAAUUGGCGGAUGUAUGACUAUGUUGUCAAAGAAUUGCCGAAGCUUCUGAGUGAUCAUUUUCCGCAGCUUGAAACAUCAAAUGCUUCUAUAUCUGGUCACUCUAUGGGUGGACAUGGUGCUUUAACAAUCUACCUGAAGAAUCUGGAUAAAUAUAAGUCAGUCUCCGCUUUUGCACCAAUUGUAAAUCCUAUAAAUUGCCCUUGGGGGCAGAAGGCAUUCACAAAUUAUCUCGGAGACAAUAAAUCUGAUUGGGAGGAGUAUGAUGCCACCUGUCUGAUAAAGAAAUUUAAUGCUGUACCCGGCCACAUUUUGAUUGAUCAGGGGGAAGAUGACAAAUUUUUGAAGGAUCAAUUGCUACCUGGCAAGUUUGAGGAGGCAUGCAAGAAUGCUAAUGUUCAACUCAAGUUGCGGCUUCAAGCUGGCUAUGAUCACUCAUAUUUUUUCAUUUCGACCUUCAUAGAAGAUCACAUCCAGCAUCAUGCCAAAGCUCUUAGUGCACUGUAAUGAUCAAGAACUAUUUCUGCUGUACUGGAUUUACUUUAUUUGCUUGUGAUACCUUUUAUUAAAAUGUGGAUUGAGAUUCAUUUCUCUCGAGUUCAAAACUAGUCCUACGGUCGUCAAUGUAAUAUAUAGUCUUCGGCUUUGUUGUUCUA